ACCCACGAAAGUCACCAUGCCUGGCCAAAAGGAGAGCCCUCGCUUCUCUCCUGAGCCACACCUUCACAUCUACAGUGAAGCCGAGGGACUGGAUGAUAUACUGCUCCCUGAGAUUGUGGAGGAGACCUCCUCUUCCUCCUCCUCUUCUCCAAACACCAGCAGCCUGGAGGAGGCUACCACCACUGCAGAGAUAUCCAGUACUAGUCAGGAUCCUCAGAGUGAGUACGCUUCUUCCACUGCUAUCACAGCCACCUCAGAGAGCAUAUCUGAUGAAGACUCCAGCAGCCAAGAAGACGAGGAGAGGCCGAGCACCUUGCAGUCUCCACCAGACACUGAAAACUUGCCCAAAACCCCUGUAGAUGAGAAGGUGGCUAUGUUGGCGAAUUAUCUGCUGCUCAAGUAUCAAAUGAAAGAGCUGUUCACAAAAGAAGACAUGGUGAAUAAUGUCAUCAAAGAGUACGAAGACCACUUCACUGAGAUCCUCCUAAGAGCCACUGAGCGUGUGGAGAUGGUAUUUGGCCUUGAUGUGAAGGAAGUAGACCCCGUCAGCCACUGCUAUGUCCUCGUCAUUAAACUGGACCUCACCUAUGAUGGGAUGCUGACUGAAACAGAGGGCAUGCCAAAGACCGGCCUCCUGAUCCUUAUCUUGGGUGUGAUCUUCAUGAAAGGCAACCGUGCCACUGAGGAGGAAAUCUGGCAAGUGCUGAAUAUGAUGGACGUAUAUGCUGGGCAGAAGCACUUCAUCUUUGGCGAACCCGGUAAUUUAAUCACGAAAGAGUUCGUUCAGGAAAAGUACCUGGAGUACCAGCAGCUGCCUGACAGUGAUCCUCCACAGUACGAAUUCCUGUGGGGUCCAAGAGCCCGUGCUGAAAUCAGCAAGAUGAAACUCCUGGAGUUUUUGGCCAGAGUCCAUGGGGCUGACCCAUGUUCUUUCUCAUCCCAGUACAGGGAGGCUUUGAAAGAAGAGGAAGAAAGAGGCCAAACUGGAGCUUCAACCAGUUCUGAUGCUACCGCCAUGGCCAUGGAGAGUUCCAGUGGCACCUCCAGCAGCUGCUCCCACCCCUAG